AUAUACAGAGCAGACACACACAGCGCAGCGCGUUAAGAUAUCGUUUCAAAAGUUUUCGAACUCAAAUCGGAAACAUGACACACAUGCUCGGCCCCACGGAAUGCGCCAGCGCCAUGGUGGCCACGAUGCCUGGGUUCCUGGACAAUGGCCUCAACAGCAAUCUGGCGGACUAUGGCUUCUAUGCGAAUGACUAUUGGACCUCGGCGUAUACAACGGCCGGACUGAGUCCCAUGAAGCAGAUCGAAGCUUGCAUACAGACGGCGGGCAAGGAUCGCACCUCGUACAAGCCGCUGGAACAGAUCGAUGCUAAGCUGGCGGACAUUGAUGCGCAGAGCACAGGCAGCAAUAGCACCAGCAGCAACAGCAGCAGCAGCAGCAGCCACUCAACUGGCGCUGCCAAUUGCCAGGAGCAGAGUGUGACGGACUAUGCUGCUGGCAACAGCGGCAGCAGCAGCAGCAACAACAAUGAAGCAGCGACGGCAACGGCGACGGCAACAGCAACUGCAGCAGCAACGGCAACGGCCAACAAAAAGUAUAAAAACAGCCACAAAAAAGACAACAACAGCAGCAGCGGCGGCACAGCCAGCAGCAACACGUCAAACAUCAGCAACAAAAACAACAGCAACAGCAACAAUAACAAAGGUGAGCCGGAGCCAGUGCAUCCGUCGCUGGCGCAGGCGAUUGUUGUGUUGGAGACAAAGGCGCUGUGGGAUCAGUUCCAUGCGCAGGGCACCGAGAUGAUCAUCACGAAGACGGGCCGCCGCAUGUUUCCCACGUUUCAGGUGCGAAUCGGCGGCCUCGAUCCGCAUGCCACCUACAUCUGCAUGAUGGACUUCGUGCCAAUGGACGAUAAACGUUAUCGCUACGCGUUUCACAACUCGUGCUGGGUGGUCGCUGGCAAAGCGGAUGCCAUAUCGCCGCCGAGAAUUCACGUGCAUCCAGACUCACCGGCGGCGGGCGCCAAUUGGAUGAAGCAAAUUGUGUCCUUCGACAAGCUGAAGCUGACCAACAAUCAGCUGGAUGAGAACGGUCAUAUCAUAUUGAACUCGAUGCAUCGCUACCAGCCGCGCUUCCACUUGGUCUAUUUGCCGCCAAAGAAUGCCUCGCUGGAUGAGAAUGAGCAUUCGAGUCACUUUCGCACAUUCAUAUUCCCGGAGACCAGUUUUACGGCCGUAACAGCAUAUCAGAACCAGCGCGUGACACAACUGAAAAUAUCGAGCAAUCCAUUUGCCAAAGGAUUUCGAGAUGAUGGCACCAACGAUGUCACCAGCGGCAGCCUGGGCAUGUCCAGCAUGAGCCAUGAGAGUCAAGCGCGCAUGAAGCAGCAGCAACAGCAACAGCAGCAGCAGCAACAGCAGCAGCAACAACAGCAGCAACUGCAACUGCAGCAGCAGCAUUUAAAGUCAAAGGAUCGAACGCCGCCAAACAGCUUCAGCUUGUCCUGCACCGAGCUUGUGGAACAGCAAACAGCAGCGGCAGCAGCAGCUGCAGCCGCAGCAGCAACAACCACUCAAUUGGGCAUGCAACUGCCAGCCACGCCCUCAAGCAGCUCAACAUCGGGAAACUCACCGGACUUGUUGGCGUUUCAGUUGGAGGCGACGCCAUUGCAGCAACAGCAACAACAACAGCAACAGCAGCAGCAACAGCAUUUGCAUCAGCAACAAUUGCAGCCAGCGUCGCAGCACUUACAUCAGCAGCAGCAGCAACAACAGCAUCAACAGCAACAACAACAACAUCAGCAGCAGCAUCAGCAGCAGCAACAGCAGAGCCUUCAUCAAAUGUCCAGCAGCUAUGGCGGCAGCUAUCAUCAUCCCUAUCAGCAUCAUCAGCAUCAGCAUACGGCAACUCCAUUGACGCCGCUUUCAGCCAGUUCGGCAUCGCCGCCAGCACCUGGUGCUGCUGCCGCAGCUGCAGCCACACAGGUGAUGGCAGCGGCCAAUAUAUACUCGUCCAUUGGACAGCCGUAUGCGGGGGAACAGAGUAACUUUGGGGCCAUCUAUCAUCACAAUGCGGCGCACUAUCAUAGCCACGGCUAUGGUAGUCCGUACGACAAGCUCAAGGUCUCGCCGGGUCACAUGCGCCAGGCGGCAGCCGCAGCAUACGGCAUGAGCAGCUAUCAGAGCUUCUACGGCAGCGCAGCGGCCGCCCAUCAAAUGAUGCGGCCCAACAGCUACAUCGACUUGGGGCCACGCUGAUAGGCGUUGGGUCGCACUAUGUCAAGUAUUAUACAUAUAGUCAGCCCGGGGCCUGCACUCAAGUAUUACAAGUAUUUUCAACUAAUCCAAAACUCAAACUCAAAACUCAA